GCUGAUCGCACGUGUGAGUGGUAGCUUGCUGCCGUGCGUUUCUAGACGUUGAGCGUCCUUGACAUGGGUCGACGGGUAUAAAUGGCUCCCUGAGCCGCCCGCCUGGGUCCAUCACCCUUGCUUCCAGACUGCAAGAUGCGGCUCCAGAGGCUCAGCGUUGUUGCUUCGGCCAUUGCGACGGCGGCUGCUUGCGGUGGCGAGCACAGCUGCUACGGGCCGCUGAGGGACGAUGUGGUGUUGACGCGCAAUGUCAGGCGGAUGCAGCCUGAAGCAAGCAAUGCCACUACGAGCCCCAGAGCGCCUCUCGAAUGGGGCCAGAUCAACUUCCUGCAUACAACUGACACCCAUGGCUGGCUUGAGGGGCACAUCAAGGAACAGAAUUAUGGCGCGGACUGGGGUGACUUUGUGAGCUUCACACGGCACAUGAAGCAGAAGGCGAACAAGCUCGGCGUAGACCUGUUGCUUGUUGACACUGGUGAUCUUCACGACGGCGCUGGGCUCUCUGACGCAACGUCACCGAACGGCCUGGUCUCGAACCCUAUCUUUGAGAACGUCGACUACGACCUCCUGACCAUUGGCAACCAUGAGCUUUAUGUCACAGAGAUUGCCUACGAGACGUUUAGCAACUUUUCAAAGGUGUAUGGAGACAAGUAUCUCACCAGCAACGUGCAGAUCAAGAACCCCUCUACGGGGGAGUUCGAGUACAUUGGCGCGCCGUACCGGUACUUCACCACGGAGCGGGGCCUGAAGGUUAUGGCGUUUGGCGUCCUCUUCGACUUUACCGGCAACAGCAAUGUUUCCAAGGUCAUCAAGGCAGCUGAUCUGGUCAAGGAGCAGUGGUUCCUCGAUGCCGUCAACUACAAGGAUCCGAUUGACUUAUUCGUCCUCACCGGUCACAACCCAGUCCGGUUCAACGAAUCAAGUAGCUCUUUCGACACUGUUUUCAGCGCCAUCCGCAGCCAGAGGCCGGACACGCCCAUCCAGGGCUUUGGCGGGCACACUCACAUCCGCGACUUUGCCGUAUGGGACAACAAAGCCACCGCGCUCGAGUCUGGGCGCUACUGCGAGACUCUGGGAUGGCUGGCUAUGUCCGGUCUCAACUCGACAGCCAAGAAGGUCAAGAAGAAUCCAAAGGGUGUGCCGAACCCCACGCGAAUCGCAGUCCCCGCUCGCAGCACCGGGACCGCAAGCGCGAAUGCAUCGAUAUCCACAUCGACCUCCCCGUCCAAUCUGCGCUACGCCCGUCGCUACCUGGACUGGAACCGGCAGACAUUCGCCUACCACGCCAAGGGCAGCCAGGACAUGAACGCAUUCGGCACGCCCAAGGGCGCUGCGGUCUCGAGCGAGAUCACGGCCGACCGCGCCAAGCUGAACCUCACCAGUGUGUACGGCUGCGCGCCGCAGACAUACUGCCAGUACUGCAAACCCUUCGGUACCGACGGCAACAUCUUCCAGCUGCUGCAGACAGCGCUGUCGACAGUAGUCGUGAAUGAGACACGCAAGGACACACCGCGUCUAAUCAUCAUCAACACGGGCAGCAUCCGCUUCGACCUGCCCAAAGGUCCCUUCACAUACGACGACUCCUUCAUCGUAUCCCCCUUCUCCGACGCAUUCCAAUUCCUCCCAGACGUGCCCUACGCCCAAGCCGCCAAAGUCCUGCCCAUCCUCAACGCUGGCGCCUUCCAGAAACGCGAUCUCCAGACCUCAGACUUCGGCUUCAGCAACACCCUCGUCGACGGCGCAGGCUGCAUCGACCCGCCGCUGACACACCCGUACGCAGGCGCAACGCGGCGGUCGACGCAAGGCGGACGGCUACUGCGGCGGCAGUCGACGGCGCUCACACCGGGGUACACAACUGUGGACGACUUUGGCGCCGACGGGGACGACACGCCACACACCGCCAUCCCAGCGUACACCCAGCCCAACGACUUGCAAGCCAACGCCUCCUUCCCCGCCGACGGAUCGGCGCCUGCGACCGUGGAUCUGGUGUUUCUCGAUUUCAUCGCGAGCUAUGUUGUCAACGCGCUGAACAGCGCUGAGGUCGGCGGGGAUGUGUCGCUGGGGCAGGUGGGUUAUUACAUGGACAAGACGUUCACGACGAAUAGCUAUCUGCCUGCGUACGCCAAGGUCGCGUGGCAGGAGAACGUGGAUGAUUGUCCGGUGGGUGAGGGGAUUGGGUUUGCGUGAGCGGGUGCGUGGGGGUGGGGCGGACGGUGGAUGGUGGGGCGGACGGUGGAUGGUGGGUGUAGAGUACGAGAAGGCGAAUAGAGGUUGUCAAGGCGGUCUCGUCUCAGCUCAUUUCACCUCAUCGCAUGUCGCGUGACCGUAGGACGCAGAUGUUUGGUAUUGUACAGAUGUUACACGGCUCUAUUUUACAUGGGGUCUUGGGUAUCGUUUGACGCGGAAUUGUGCAAUGGUAUCGCUCACGACGAUGUCGACGGCGCGGCAUCGGCGUCGGCGGUCUUGGACUGUGACUGUGACGCCGCCGCAGACUUGUCAACAGACGCCGCCGCAGACUCGUCACCAGGCUUCUUGUCACCAGACUUCUUGUCACCAGGCUUCUUGUCACCAGGCUUCUUGUCACCAGGCUUCCCGUCACCAG